CGGAAGCUUUAAUGGCGGCGCGUUGUUUUUGUUAGAAGAAUAGACAUGUGUUCUGUUUCAUUAAAUGUGGAUCAAAUUUAACUUUUACAUUUGAUGUUGUUAGUUCAAGCAAUAAAAUGGCCACGUUAGUUCUGGACAAUGGAGCCUAUACGGCGAAAAUAGGAUACAGUCAGGAAAAAGUCAGUGUCAUCCCAAACUGCCAGUUUCGCUCUAGGACGUCCAGAUUAAAAACCUUCACAGCCAAUCAGCUCGAUGAGAUCAAAGAUCGCUCAGGUCUCUUUUACAUCCUCCCCUUCCAGAAGGGUUAUCUGGUCAACUGGGAUGUCCAGAGGAAAGUGUGGGAUCAUCUGUUUGGAAAGGAGAUGUUUAAGGUGGAUUUUGCAGACACCAGCAUCAUCAUCACCGAGCCGUACUUCAACUUCUCUUCCAUUCAGGAGUCGAUGAAUGAGAUCCUGUUUGAGGAGUACCAGUUCCAGUCGGCUCUCAGAACAAACGCGGGCUUUCUCAGUGCUCAUCACUACUUCCACACUAAUCCCUCGGAGCUCUGCUGUUUGGUGGUCGACAGCGGGUUCUCCUUCACCCACAUCGUCCCCUACUGUCGCAGCAAGAAAAUGAAAGACGGCAUCCGCAGGUUGAACGUAGGAGGAAAGUUACUGACCAACCACCUAAAGGAGAUAAUUUCAUAUCGGCAGCUACAUGUCAUGGAUGAAACUCAUGUAAUCAACCAAGUGAAAGAAGAUGUCUGCUAUGUCUCCCAGCAGUUUUACAAAGACAUGGAGAUCUCACAGAUGAAGGGUGAGGAAAACACUGUGGUGAGGGAUUAUGUUCUUCCAGACUUCAGCGCAAUCAAAAAAGGCUUCUGCAAGCCACAUGAGGAGAUGGUCUUCAGUGGAAAGUACAAGACAGGAGAGCAGAUCUUGAGAUUGGCCAACGAGCGCUUUGCUGUCCCUGAGAUGCUUUUCCACCCGUCAGACAUCGGCAUCCAGGAGAUGGGCAUCCCAGAAGCCAUCGUUCACUCCAUCCAGUCUCUGCCAGAAGAGAUGCAGCCCCACUUCUACCAGAACAUCAUCCUGAAUGGAGGAAACACUUUGUUUACAGGCUUCAGGGAGCGACUGGAGGCAGAGCUGCGAUCACUCGCCCCCGCCCACCUCCCUGUGUCUGUCAUAGAACCUGUGAAUCCCAUCUGUUACUCGUGGGAAGGAGGAAAACUGCUGUCUCACAGUCCAGACUACGAUGAGAUUGUGGUGACACGAGAUGAAUACGAAGAGAAUGGACAUUUUAUUUGUGAAGAAAAGUUUGAUAUUUGACUGAACAUAAACUCUUGGCUGCAGAUGAACGCUUCAAUCUACUUCCGCAUUAUGAAAUACUCUUUCUUAAAACGUUGUUCAUGCUUUGACCGAACUUAAACUCUUGGCUGCAGAUGUUUCUGCAUCAUCAUGUGUAGUGCAUUUCUUUUUUAUACUCGUCUGUACUGAUUGUUUUUCUGAUCCAUCAAAAUAUUUGAAUAAGGAGUGUC